CGCCAUUGUCCUUUGUCUCCAUUUGCAGUCGAGAGCCUGUAAGGAGCUUCAGCCCUCUAUUGCCGGUUCUCUGAUCCAGUUGGAGAAGCUUGUGUUCCGGAAGGAGGCACUGAGCGCACUUGGUGACCUUCUGACACAAGACUUGCACAGAUACCAAGAAGAGACAAAGAGACUAACCCGAUUCACACGGAGAAUAAGCAAACACAGGCCAGAAGAGGAAGACGAGCCUUCCACCACCAACAGCCCCCGUGGCCAAAGCAUGCAAGAAAAGAACGAGACAAACAACAUGCAUACACCAGAGUCUUCUUCCUCCCAAUCGCCACUUAGUCCACCGCAGACAGCCAACAAAGAAGAAGCCGAGCAGAACUGGAGAGCCAGUCAGAGGAAAGGGGGCCUCUCAAAUCUCAAGCGAGCCGACAGCGUCAAAGACCUUAUCAGUAAAUUCUCCGGUCCGGAGCACGACUCGUAUCCCGAGUCUUCUCCGAGUCUCUGCUCGGGAGCAGGAAGAACUCAAAAGUUCACUUCCUCUGAGACAAUCCUGUCCCCUAAAUCCAAGUCGAAUCCGACCGUUGUCAUUCGAGACAACAGUCUGCUGCCGAGUAUCUCGGUGAUCCCCCCACUCAAGGAGAAAAUCGAGCGAUCGGAUGGAUCUGCUCAGAGAGACGCUGGAAUUAGCUCGAUAACUGCAAGAAUCGAUUGUCCAGGAACAGGCGGCAGUCAGAGGACAGAGUCGAACAAAACGGCAGACUCUGGUAGAGAUUCGGUGGCGGACUCUGGCAUGGGAUCGGAACCUGAAACCGAAUCAAACAAGCAAUCGGACAGCCUGUCAGAGGAGGAGCCCUCCACUCCUCGAGCCGUGCCACCCAGCCCCAAAUAUCAGCUGUUCCUCGAGAACGAUCCCAAGACCAACGGCUUGAGUAGCAAGGAUACAGAUGGUCCUGGAGGUGGAGGAUCAUUGGGGGACAACAGCCCCAGGCUGUCGCGGUGGGAGACCACUCGGCCGGGGGUCAACAACUACCAAGGGUCCAUGGAAUCGGUCGCCUCGCGGGAAUUAGAAACUGAUCGGACUAUUUUCGUUGAAAGCCCUCGUGUUUUUAACAGUCCCUACGCCAUGAAUGUGAACGCAUCUGCUGAUUAUAACCCCAUGUACCGAACAAAUGAGUUUAAGGGAGGAAUUUCUCCAGCCACAUCGGAGUGGAGCCUGCACACCUUGAACAGUCGCAGCAGCAGUCCCGUGCCGAUGGGCGGGCCCGGCUCCCAAAUCAUCCCUCGCCAGCGAUAUUCUGCCUACGAUUCUCUGUUGAAGAGGAGGAACGAUGUUCCCAACUCCGUGAUGGCGACCCACUACACCAUGCGCGCCGCCACUCUGGGAGGCCUCAGUCGAAAAGACUUCAUCGAGGAAUUGACCAAACAGUUGGAUAACUGUCAGAAGCGUAACCAGUUCCUGGAGGCCGAGAGUGUGGAGAUGGAAAAGGAGAGGAACCAGAUUAGGUUUGAAAUGCGGGGCCUGCUGGUGAACAACGAAGACCUACUCAGGACCAACGCUCAAAUGUCCAACGAAAUGAAGCGGAUGAGAGAGCAAAUGAUCGAGAUGGAGCGAGCCAAUCAGGCAUUGGCGGAGAAGCAGAGGGAGAUGGAGAUUGAGGUGAAGCGGGCCCGCGACAUGAUGCUGGAAGCCAACACUCAGGAGUACGCCUUCGGUUUCCUCCAGCAGACCCUUAAAAACAAGAUCCAGGAUGCUGAGGACAACCUUGAGAAACAGACGCAGCACUCUCAGACUUUGGCAGAGAAGUUAUGGAUGGCCGAGAGAGAACUGGAGGAGCUGGAGGUGGAAAAAAACAGCAAAAGCAGGAAGACGUCCGAGCUCAGCAGCACCGUCCUCCGACUGGAGACGGAGCUGGCCGAAGCCUUGCAGAUUUCCACGCAGUCCGCGGCGGAGUUGAAUCUUCAGCAGAAAUUGCGUCAAGACGCCCAGCUGAGGAUGGAGGAACUGGAGGAGUCUUUGCUGGAGAAGGAGCAGGAGUUGCAGAGACUUCAAGCGCUCGUCGUCAGGCUGCAGGGAGACGUGUCCGGUAAGCUGAUCGACAAGGAGCAGACGCUGGAGGAGGAGAUCCAGCUGCGAGAGCGACUGCAGCUGCAGUGCAAGCAGGCCGAGAGGACGGUGGACGAUCUCCAAAUGGAGCUGCAGACCACCGUCCAGGCCAAAGACGACCUGGCCAAACAACUCAAGCAUGCCCAUGAGAAAAUUAUCGAUCUCGAGACCGAUGUGGAGGAGCUGCAAGAUAGCGAGCAGCGAUGGGCCGCCAAGCACAAGAGGGCCAUCGAGCAGACUGAGCAGCUGCAGCUGAAGCUCAUUCAGGAGAAAGAUCAGAACGACCAACUGGAAACUGAGAAGAACAUCAUUGAGAGACAGUAUCGUGACCUGCGUCUGGAGAUGGAUGACGUGGAGAGCACCAAACCUUUGGAGGACGUCAUCUCCAAAACGGAGAGUCGUGUCAAAGAGCUGGAGAACGUUUUGAGAAAUGAAGAGAGGAACAAAGCUGUUCUUUCCAACACUAUUGGGAAACUGGAGCGAAGGAUCAAUGAGCUGACCGAUCAGAUGGAGGAAGAGCACAGGAUAGCUGCUGAGCAGAAAGAACUGAUGGCCCAGAGAAUCCGCUCGCUCAAGCGUCAGGUGAACGAGGCCGAGGAGGAGGCGAGCAGGAGGGACGCUCAACUCCGUCACUGUCAACGGGAACUGGCCGAGGAGAGGGAAGCGAACGGGCGGCUUCAGAGGCAGCUGCUCGACCAACACCUGCAAACAAAGCGUAAGGAGACUCUGACAAUUCGCCAGACUCUUGAUAACCUGCGGCUGGACCUCAGCGUCGACGACGAAGGUGACCAAGCGCCACAACCGAACGAAGUGAAAGUAGAAAAAGUGCCGGAGCAGAUCAGUAAAGUCACCGAGGUUUGAAAGUCCAACCGUCAACGUGUUGGAGGUUAAGGGCACAUAUCACAAUCAAGAACAUUUGUGUCAAAAUGUUCUUUGGGAUUAAGUAUAUAUGUAUUCAUGGGGGGGGGGCAGUUCUAUCCCACAUCUUUACAAGUACAAUUCUUCUUUUGGUUUUUAAAAUUGCGCGGAGAGCAUUUGUCCAUGUGUGUCACAUUAUUUGUAAACAAGCUCGAGCUGUAUCACAAUAUCAGAGACGGGGAAAAAAAAAAAAGUCAUUCGUAAUGAUCUCAGGAUUGGCUCGUUCGUGAGAGCCACAUGGUUUCUCCCAUGGAAAUAGUCACAGGUCUUUAUGAUUUGUAUCACUGUCAAGAAUGUUUUAUUUUUUUGAUUUCCUAGGAUAAACUCACAAGGCACUUCUUUAGGUACACAUGUACAAGCUCCCGCACAUGAGCUAAAGUCAAGUCAAGGUAAAAGUGACAAAGGCUCUGUUUUGAUUGACACUCUCAGAGAGGUCAUGAUGUCACAAAAUGUUUAUUUCGGUUGUCUUUGAGCUGUUUUGUUCCUACAAUUCUUUUGAAUCAUCGCAUUGGGCGGGCGUAGCGAAAGUGAGCAGUUUCUCCUUUUAUGUUCUAUAGCUACACUUGGAUGUUUACGAUUAAUUCAUCCCAAUUAAGACUGUUUUAUAAUUCGCUCAGUUGUACAAAUAGCACGUUUUAAUUAGCUACUUGGCGAUUAUUUGUCUCGGAUAAUAAUGGGCUCUUUAAAAAAAAAAAUCAUGUUGAUUUUGUGGAGUUCCGCAGACAAUCUCAAAUGAGGGGUUUUUUUUUUUCAUUUUAUUUUAAAAAGCUUUGAGAAUAUUAUCACUAUAUUGGUCUUACUGGUUGUUACUACCUUACAGGGUUAUGAUAUAAACACCGUAAAAGAGCACAGGAUUCACACAACGACUUUUACAAAUUAAUUUAUACUGAAUAAAAGUUGUGUCCAGGCGAAUUACCUGUUGGGUGAAACGGGUUUGUCAAGAAUGAAAAAAAAGACGUGUAACGCUGUGUAUUUGUAGGGCGUUGUUCUGCUGAAUGCAAAAAUAAUAAUAAUAAUAAUGCUGUGCCUUAAACAUCCAUGUGCCUAGCGUGCUAAUUGAUUUUAUUUUUAACAAUCAGACUGUUUUAAAAUGGAAUUAACGUGGAGAAAAAUAAGGAGGCUUGCAUGGGUUCACCGAGUCUCCAUAAAAUGACACUUCUUAUAUUUGGAUCUUGGCCAAUACAUUUUGAUGUACUUUGAUACUUUAACUCACUGCCGCCUUUGGGUGAAGAGAGCAAGUGAGCUGUUUUUAAAUCUAUGCAGUACAUUAGAAGCCUAAUAUUCAGGUAACGUCAGGUUUUAUCUAUUUUGUUUACAUUUGCUGGUGUAUUUACGAUCCGCGCUGUAAGGAAAUCAGUCCAUUUGAUGUAUGGUGUUGCUGCUAUAUUUCAUUGCUGGUCUUUCUACAUUCCAUAAAAGAAACUACGACAGUUAUUUGCAACAAAUUAAAACAUACUACUGUUUUUUUUUUUGUUUGUUUGUUUGUUUUUAGUCAACAUUUAUGCAGUUUAUGCCGUUCAUGUCAGAUAUUUAUUGCUGUUUUCCACAUUCUCUUUUUGGUGAGAAGUUUCCUGAAUAAAGUCUUCUCCGAUGUA